GUUCGAAUCCCUCGGCAAUCUCUGUCGCAUUCUCUUUCCUCUGUUUUCCUUUUACCUCUUUCUUAGAAGAACCGAAAACCUGUUCAUGAACAAAGCCAUUCCUCUACGACAAUGGCUGUCGAUUCGUCCUGUGAGAAAGAACAUCAAGUUCGCGAGUUUGUGGAUGGGACAGGAAACGUAGCUGUCGGUUUGAAGUUACAUAAUAAACCAAGUGGUGAUGACCUUAAUCCACAGUUUCCUUCAGAUAUUCCGCCGAGUCUGUUCGAAGAGACUUCACGUCCAGCAGGGUUGCACGGUUCACAUACGCGAGAUGUUUAUAGUAUUUCUGUGUUGCCUGAGGAAGGUGAAAAUGCAAACUGUGCUUCACCACUAGCUUUCUUGAGCAUCUUAGAGGUUCCUAACCAAGCUAAAAGUGAAGUAUGCUUAGAUGCUCACAUAAAUUGCCAAAACUGCAUUGAUUUUCAAAUGAAGGAUGAGGAUGUGUAUUCCCAGUGCAUGAUUGAUAUACCUAGUGUGAAUGGAAACACAAUUUCACCUGAAUCGUAUGAAGAGCCAGUUGAAAGUUUUAAAACUGGGAACUCACCAACUAGUGUACUGUGGAGAGAAUCAAGUUUCAAAGGGGGAAAACUUAUGCAGAGUCUGGUGAAUGUCAGCAAUCCAAGAGAUAAACCAGUCUCAGAGAAGUUACAUGAUAUACCAAGUAACAGAUGGAGAAGAUACAAGCGAGCUGCCUCAUUUGAUUCCAGAAAAGUUGCUCUUCUGUUUUCAAUAUUGUCAAGUUUGGGAACAUUGGUGUUGAUAUAUCUGACACUGAGGGUCAGACAGAGGGCUGAUGGGUUUGCUCUUAUUUGAAGUUCCAAUAUUCGCGGCUUCGUGAUUUAAGUUUAAACUUACAAGCUUCUAUGGUUGUUUAAUUUAAAAUUGCCGCUUGAAUUCGUGUUAUUGAAGAUAGAAUCUAGGAAAUGUUAUUUGGCACAAAAUAUAAUCACGCCUAUCCUAAAACCCGCAAUGUUAGUUGUUAAAAUUAUCCGCCAAAUCAUAUAUCAAUACUAUCUAAUAAUUAAGCCAAGGUCAUAUUAAGACUUUUAAAUGGAAA